AUGACGAAGGAAUGUAAAUUGGUAUAUGCGAAAUCUAAAGUCUACGUGCAUACCGGUAAAGAUACAAUAGCGGGUUAUCUUGCUUUAGUUGAUCGCACCGGCGAUCAGAAAUACACCGAGAAGGAGAACCUCCUAUUAAGUUGGCUGCCACAGUCAAUUAUACAGGAAAUGAAUGAGGAGGAUAAAUUCGUUAUGGUAGAAUCUACAAAUAAGCCGACAACUUUGGUCAACCCACCGCCAUCAGAUAGUGACAGUUAUGCUUUUAGUUUACCUGUCAAGGAAAUCUAUUCAAUGCUCGUCUAUCCACCUUCUAUAACGCAUUGGUAUGGUACUAUUACUAUCAAUUUGUUAGGUGGUGUCACACUACCUGCUUUACACUUCCACGACGACGAGAACAGUACAGCUUUGACCUCACCUCGACCAUCACUAAGUGAUAGUCUAUACCCUCCCAGUCGACACAUAUCCAGCACUUGGGGUGGCCAGGAAUUCCUCUUAUGUUUGAAGCUAUAUGUUACCCUUCUCCGCUCGCAAUUGGAGAACAGCUUGUUUUUAGUAGAACCAACUGAGAUGGACGCACAAAUACACUUACAACCCUUUCUCGACGAGAACGUUCUUGAGACAUCAACACCAUCAUCAUCAACACCGCCCAGACAUGGCCGACGGACUUCAAUUCUUCACUAUGCACUUAAUGCUCAUAAUAACCACAUGACUAGGAAUGCGACUCGUUUUAAUAACCACCAACACUCUCGAUCUGCUGAUAAUAUGCGUCAAUUAUUUCCAGAUAACGUCCUAGACGCUACGCCAUCUGUUGAUAAUCUCACAUCAGUUUAUAGGAAUACAAUUAGAUCUUUUGCAAAUAUCACUAACUCUGCUAAGCAGACAGCACAUAGUAUGCUUAGACAUCCACUAGCAAAGCCAAUUAUACCCCAUCUUCCAACUCCAGUACAAAGUCUUGCAGUCGCGAGUGGGAAUACAUCAAUGAGUGGGAAUACAGCUGGUGAAUAUGAUAGUGCACGUAUUUAUCUCGCUAAAUGGGCGAGAAGAGUAGCUGAAGAGGGUGACAAAAAUCGGUUGAAAGAGAAUGAUGUCCUUCGGUCAGCUGAUUUAGGGGUGUCUACUGAACUUGGUAAAUUUGAAUUGCUUGACAAAUCACAGGAGAAAACAACUAGAGAUCCAAGCAACCCUAUUACACUUGAGGAAUGGCAGACUUGGUUUGAUGGUGAUGGUAAACCUUCCAUCACAGAAUCUGAAAUGCUUUUGAGUGUCUUUAGAAGGUCCAUCGAAAGCUCAGCCAAGAUACAUAUUUGGCCAUUCAUCCUGGGUGUUAUUGAAUGGAAUACCACCGAGAAAGAGAGAAUAGCAGCCUGGAACAGACUGGAUACCCAAUACGCUCAACUCAAGGAUACCUGGAAGAACAAAAGUGUAUUUCACGAUAAAAAGGUAGCUGAAGAAAGACAUCGCAUACGCGUAGACUGUCUUCGAACAGACAGAAAUCUUCCGCUGUUUGCCAAGAGCGACACAGAACUGGAUGAGAUGGAGCUCGGUGUUGGUACACUUGACAGCUCGAGUGGUAGUGAGAGUGAACUCAGCGAUGACAAUGAAGGAACAUCUCAAGCGGUGUCUAAUGCCCACGUUAGAAGAUUGCAGGGUAUACUGCUUACUUACAAUUUCUACGAGGAAGGCCUAGGAUACGUGCAGGGAAUGUCAGACCUUUGCGCUCCUCUAUAUGUUAUCAGCGAAGCUAGCGGAUCUUGGACAUUCUGGUGCUUCGUUAGCGUUAUGAAUCGCACAAAGGAAAAUUUCCUAGCUGACCAGAGUGGAAUGUCAAGGAAAUUGAUCACACUUCAGGAAUUAAUCAAAGUCAUGGAUCCCGAACUCUAUAUUCACUUUGCAAAGAGUGAUAACCUCAAUAUGUUCUUCUGUUUCAGGUGGAUUUUAGUUAAUUUUAAGAGGGAGUUUAAUUUCAAUGAUAUUCUCACAUUGUGGGAGGCUUUGUUUACUCGCCCUCAUUCGCAGCAUUUUGAGCUAUUCAUUGUUCUUGCUGUUCUCGAGUCUCAUAGGGAUAUUAUUUUGAAGUACUUGAUGGAGUUCGAUGAGAUGCUCAAGUAUUGCAAUGACUUAAGUGGUACGAUUGACGUUCAGCAGACUCUAAAUGCUGCUGAAGUAUUAUACGACAACUUUGUCAAACUCUAUGAGAGAUUGAAGGGUAAAAAGUUAUCAGAAAACCUCUCUAGACUCAUUUAA